GAUGCGCAGCAGUCGUUUCUUCACUCAAUGAUGGAGGUGGAUGUUUUGACGGAGUCUAGAGACUAAAAUAGGUUUUUAUUUGUAGCAAGUUUAACAUCGGUGCAGCAGCAGCAGCCGGCGCUGUGGUAUGUGGAAUAUCAGAAUUGCAAAGCGUUUAAUUUCCCUACAGGAAAACGAGCUAGUUAGCUAGCAUCGUUGCCGUGGCGGCCUAGCUAGCAUUAUCGCUGUGAAGUAGAGAUAACCUACUGAACGAGCCCCUCUCCUUAACCUGGUGAAUUUUUUCUCAAACUACGGUUCCAUCUGGAGUAAUUUAAUUACAUGCGCAGCUCUGCUGAUCAAAGCUCAUCCUACCUUUUAUUGAAGUAAGCUCCUGGGAAAGUGCGAGUACGGCUUCUUGAGGCGAAAUCGAGGGGAAGUUGUGAUCCAUGUCCACGAGUUUCUGCAGACCAGGCAUCUAUAAUAACAUCCAAAACCAUGUCUCUAGUCGCAUAUGGCAGCAGUGAUGAGAGUGAUUCGGAGGAAACCUCGACGUCUACCGCAGUAGAGAGCAAAGUCAGCUCAGGUGGGCUCUUCUCUGUUCUGCCUGCUCCCAAAAAGCCGGACUCGACAGGAGGAAACUAUGGACCGAGCAGGGAGACAAGAGUGAACCCCUCAGCAGGGGUAGAAACGUCAAAUGAUGACCUAGAUCCUCAGCCAUCGAGAGGUGGGUUAUUUGCAAGUCUGCCUAAGCCGAGGAAGCGAACAGAGCCUGUGAAAAUAACUGUACCAGAUAUUCAGAGACGAGAUUCGGACUCAGAUGACGAUGAACCAGCAAAGAAGAAACCUCAAACACAGGGUGGAGGAUCAGGCCUGUCCUCACUACUCCCCCAGCCCAAAAACCUGACAGUGAAGGAGACCGACAGAGUCCUGAUUCCUCACACACUCACCAAGCGCCAAGAACCCAAAGGACCCAAACCUGGAGCUCCGGUUCAGGGUCUUCUCAGUUCAAGUGCGUCCCCCUCUGCCAUCAAAGCUGCGGCCAAGUCAGCUGCCCUGCAGCUGGCACGACAGAUAGCCACAGAUGAACAGGAUAACGAGGAAGAGAUAACCCCACAGAACUACUUUUCCCUGGGAGAGAGCACCCCUUCUAUCCCUGCAGUUAUCCCAAGUUUAGACCCUGAGCCAGGAGCCCCUGCAGAGCCUCUUCCCUAUGCACCCACAGAUGAGCCCGGUCAAUCAGACGCCCCUCUUGACUUUGGGGGAAGCCAUGAGGGAGCAGGUUCAUGGGGAGGUCAAUAUCCUCAGUAUCAACAGCCCAUGGCUGGCCCAGACACUUUUCCUCAGGGUUAUUAUAAUGAGCCAUACUACCAAGAUCCUAACCCUGAACUGGCAGAAGCCGAAGAGCCGGGCCAGUCUGCCAUGUUUGAUGAUGAAGCGUUCAUGCGCCUGCAAGGAAAGAGGAACAGAGGUAAAGAGGAGGUGAAGUUUCUUGAGAUUAAAGGUGAUGACCAGCUGAGUGGAAACCAGCAGUGGAUGACGAAGAGCAUGACAGAGGAGAAGCAGAAUCGCCAGUCUUUUAGCAAGAAAAAAGGAGAGCAGCCUACAGGACAGCAGCGACGCAAGCAUCAGAUAACAUAUCUCAUUCACCAGGCAAAGGAGCGUGAGUUGGAGCUGAAAAAUAACUGGGCAGAAAACAAGCUCUCCCGCCGGCAGACACAGGCCAAAUAUGGUUUCUAAUUGUCAUACUGUGGACUUUUCAUAGACACAAUGAAACCCUGCAUCUAAACGUAGAGUAGAGCUCUCCAGAUUUCCCCAGACAACAGGAAAACUUGUGUUUAGAUAAAAGCUAAACAAACCUUAUUACAGAUUUGUCCCUCUUGCCCUACUUUCUCCUGUAUUUGUGUUGAAAUGUUUAAACUCCUUUUCUUUUGGUAAAGUGUUUCAACUUAAAUAUAGGCGCUGUACCUUUAUAACAAUGUUAUGUAGUGUUUUUAAGGUACCAGAAAAUGUAAUGUGACCCUGAAGUGGUCAUUAUAAAUGUUUUCCUUUGAA